AUGGACCUCCACAAUCCCACCAACACCAACACCGGCGAAUCCCUCCUCGUCAUGGUCGCCAACAACACCGCCAACCUACGCCGCAAUAGCAUCGAGCUGAAAGAGCUGCUAGUGGCUCUGCAGCAGCAGGUCAAUGAGUUGUCUGAGCAAGUUAUCAUCUUGCAGGCACAGGUGUCGGAUCUUAAUGGGCAGUUGAUGGUGGAGCGGCAGGGGAAGGUGCAUACGAGUCCAUCGCAUGCGAGUUUACAUGCUGGUGCGGACUCGCCAUCGGAUGGGGAGAGGACCAGGAGGUCGUCGAAGCAGCCGAGGGUUAGGUAUUAUAGGCAUGAUAGCGGGCCGCCUGGGUUGGGGAGUCCGAGUGUCGGGAUUGGGGUGGGUGGGGGGGAGAGCGGAGAGCAGUGUGUUACUAUGGCGGACUGA